AUGUCUACUUCGAAGAAGAAGAUCCAGAUCCCGGCCAAACACAUAGGCGCCGGAAAGUCUCCUGCCUACCGUCGCCACAGAAAGAUCCUCAAGGAUAGCAUCCUUGGUGUGACGCGUCCCUCCAUCCGGCGGAUCGCCCGUCGUGCUGGCGUCUACAGAAUUUCGGAGCCGAUCUACAACAGCUUACGCGAGGUCAUCAGGACCAAGCUCUACGAGCUGCUGCGUGCCAUCGUCACCGUCGUCGAGUACCGCGACCGCAAGACCGUGACUGUUGCCGACGUCGUGUGGGUCUUGAAGCGCCAGGGCCGUGCCAUCUACGGUUUCGGUGAGGGCGAGAGGGUCUGA